AAAUGGACUGGAAAAUGUAGUAAUUAUAACCUAUUCGUCGGAAACAAUGAGGUUGGACUGGCAUAAAUUAAACAAUUCCCAAUUGGAGAAACUUUGGUCUUGGGAUUUGGAAGUAAAUGUAAUUCAUCUAAACGUGUUCAAAAUAGGAGGCAAAGAUUUUCUUAUGAUGUUAGUUGGUAAAGAUAAUAGAAGUUCGGCCAUAAUCUAUCAAUUUGAUUGGAGUUUCACACAAUAUUGGUUUCAUCAAGAAAUUGAACUCACGGACUUUUCGAAUUCAUCCGCACUGGUUCAAUUCGAAGACAGUUUUUAUUUGGCCGUACCUCAAAAAUCCGUCAGUGUUCUCCAAAUUUAUGAAUUCAUUGAAAACCAUUUUACCUGGAGCUGGAACGUAAUAAGCCCGUUCGUAGACCAAGUCGUUUCGUUCGAAAUCGGAUUUAAGUCGUUCAUAGCCUUCAAUGGCUUGAACGCAGGCAUUUAUCAAUUUACUAAACAUGGUUUGGUCGAGGAAAAACUUAUUAACUCCAACCUCGAACGAAUUGAAUAUUGGCUGCCCAUACCGGUGAAAACCUAUAGAGAUGAAACGAUUUUGUUGACUCAACGACGAUUAGACCACGGCACACAUCAUUCGUUCGAUGUAGAUAUUAUUUCCUAUAAUGGUAACAAAUUUGAUGAACAUGAGGACGUUCCGUGUGUGUUUUUCGGCGAGUUACAAACCGGCCUCAAAUGCCUGACAGAAUACGAGUCCAAACGUGGUAUAAUUGGUGCUGCCUUUAUAGCUGUUGGAAACAUGGUUGGAGUGAUCCUUCCCAGAUGUAAUGAAGGUGUAUCCUUGCUUUUUGUAGUAAGGGCGUCCAUCAAAUCCUUACCACAUGCAUGGAAGAAUGAAAUGGAGAAAUUUUUGGAGUUACAAUCCAGAUUACAGGACGUCAUGGACGCUCAAAAGAAAGAAUUAUCCGACCUCAAACUGUCUGGCGUACCAAAAUUUGCUGCAGAAGCGACUGCGUCUAUUCAACUUAGACCAGCAGAUUUAAUGGUAAAGCAAAGAGUUCCUGUUCGGUUGGAAUUCUCUCAUCUUGCUGACGAAAUUAAACAAUUGACUCGAGAACUAGAAAAAGUGAAAUUGGAAUUUGGUUCAACUGCAGCGCGUUUUGAAAAUAUAACAAAUACAAAUCUCAUUUUUAACAAUUACGUUGAAAUAAAAGAGAAAGUUAUUACCGAAAAGUUAUAUGCAGAAAACAUUGGAGAAGAGGAAGCAGACUGGUUACUUGCAGACCUUGUGCGGAAACACAAUAUCCAUCAUAUUAGUGUACCAAAAAGUUUUGUAUCGUUGUCAACCCAUGAUGUUGAGUUUCAAAAUAUUAAUGGAAUUUCCAGCCAACAAUUAUUGGUUAAGGAUAAUGAAGAUCUUGUAAUCGAAGGAAAUGUAACAUUUAAUGGUUUAGUUAUCGCCAGCACGUUGGAGGUUUCUUCAGGAACGGUUAACGAUAUAAGGAUGGAUAGAGAGUGGAUAGAUGUUUCGAAACUUCUGAACGAUACGGUGGAGCUGGAAGAGGUAGAAGUUGAAUCAUUUUCAGCGGACCAGAUAAAUGAUAAACAAGCACACUUUAAAAAUAUUGAAAUAUUGGAUUUUGAGAAUUCGAGGAAGAUAUUAAAUAUAAGCGACAGAGAUAGCGUAUUUAUACCUGGAAAUGUGACAGUUGUUAAUAUUAAUGAUCGCUCUUUUGAAGAAUUCCUUCAGAAACUGUGCAUUACAAGUUUAAAGUGUUACUUACCCGAGCUUAAAGUUCUUGGGAAUGUCAAUAUAACUGGCAACGCAAUCGUGGAAUAUCUCAACAGAGUCAAGUUUCCUGAAGACUACGUGUCCACACGCUCCUCAGAAGAUGUAAUAAACGUAUCGGGAAAAAAAAUAUUUCUCCACGGCGUCAGGGGUUACAAAGUUCAAACGCGAAGCACGAUAGAUGGAAUCGAAAUCGAUCCAGAUCAGUGCAUAAUACUUUCCACCAACCAAAAUAUCACCGGAAAUAUAACUUUCAAUGAAUUGGAAGUUGGGUCUAAUCUUGAGGUAAAAGGAGAAGUUAAAGGAGAAGAGGUAGCAAAUUUUUUGACAAAUCGUGGUUUAACCGACACUCACAGAAUCAAAUCCAAUGUUGAGUUUUAUGACCUCGAGGUUGAAGGAAAAAUAGUUAUCGGAAACGGACUUAACGGUGUUGAUUUGGCUAAUGCGCUUGAAGAUUUAUUAUAUCAGCAAAACGAAGAGAUAUCCAUUGCAGCCGCCAAAAUAUUUUCGGAAGGUUUCACGGUUCUGAAAAACUUGAAUAUAAAGUCCGAUGCUAUUAACGACGCCCUACUAAUGGACAUUAUUACAAAAAACACAGACCAGGACUUGUACGUUAAUGAAAUUUUCGGAGACGUGAAUUUCGAAAAUCUGACAGUGAAUGGUUUUUUCGACGGUAAAAACAUAGUCACGUUAAAUCACAGUAUUGUGAAAGUAAACGUAGAUGCGAAUGUAUCUUCUCAAUUAAUUUUUUCCGAAAAUUUAUUCGUGGAGGAAUUAGAAAUAACCGAGAAGUUGAACGACUUGGCUCCCGAGGAAUAUCUGUACGAGUUGCCAGACGAAGGACUCGAAGAAAAUAUCAAAUAUAUCGAAGUGGACAAUCUCGUCGUCGAAGGGAACUUUACUGGUGAAAUGGGCUUAAAUAUAGAACCAAUAUUGGAGAACGGAUUAAGUUUGACGAAAGAUCAAACGGUAAAUUCAACCUACGUUAUCAAAAAGUCUUCCAUUAGCAACUUAAAGGUAGAAAAUAUCAAUGGAAUGAAAUUCGAUGAACUAUUUGGGUGUGUACAUAUUGAAGACGAGUUGAUUCGAGCUAUCGAACUCGGAAAUAUGAAUUUUCAAAAUGUUAGUGUAAGUGGGCCUUUGAUUAUUCAUAACAUAAAUAAUGAAGAUUUUGAACAACGUUUAUAUAGCUUUUGGAAAAAUCUACAUUCCAACGAUACGGAUUUAAAUUUGCAGGGCAAUGUUCACUUCCAGUCCUUAGAAAUAGAAAAUAUUGGAGGAGUAAAUUUUAAGGAAUACAUCAAAGGCGUCGUCUUCAAAGAUGACGAAGUUUUAGAACUUGAAGAUAGAGUGAGAUUCACAGACCAAGUCAGGGUACACAAAUUGUUGGAAACCAAUAAAAUAAAUUCUGUGGGCGUUAAACACAUACUUCGGAAAGAGGGUCGGCAAUCAAUUGCUGGCGAGCUCGUAAUCUAUGGUGACGUUAUAGUUGAAGGGGAUUUGGAGCUUCGUGGCGCGCUGAACGGUGUCCAUAUAAAUGAUUUCUUAACGAAUUUCGAUCUACAGGGGGCCAUGGUCACCAUUCCAGGCGAGGUCAUGUUCAAUAGGCUGCCAUAUAUUGGAAAUCUAAAUGUCAAUGGUUCUGUGAAUGGUCACAAUUUUGAAGAACUUAGAAACAGCUUCGUUUAUCUAGAUGGCGAUUUUUCAUUAGAUGGAAACAUAGUUUUUGAAAACCAGGUGGAUAUAUUGGGAAACUUAUCCGUAACCAACCAUAUAAACGGGGUAAACCUAUCAGAUUUAGAGGAGAGGAUCAUCUGGAUAAACCAAGACGAUUCAAUAGAGGGACCGGUACAAUUCGCUGAAUCGGUAGAGAUAUAUAAUUUCCUCAAGGUCAGAGGAAACUUAGAAACCAACUUGUUGAUGGGUGAAAAUUUUGAAGAUCAUCUCAACAGUGCGAUUUUCUUAGACAGGGGAAUUUUGAAAGGAAGGUACACCUUUAAUGAGGUGGUGAUUAAUCAGUUUUUGAAAACCGAUUAUAUCAAUGACAUCAAUAUGAGUGCAAUAGUGCCGUUAAAGACAGAUCAGACUAUUAAACAGGAGUUGCGUUUUAAUGAAUUAAAAGUUGUUAAUGAUGUUUGCGUAAAAGGUAAAGUCAAUGAUAAGCAUUUGGAAGACGAAUACAACAGGACAUUUUUGGCCAACAGAGAUCAAGACAUUGCUUCAGAAGUCGAAUUCACAGGCAAUGUCAUUAUUUACGAAAACUUGAAGGCUCCAGUAAUAAAUGGAAAAUCUUCAUCAAAAAUUGUCUCGACAAAUGGCUCUCAGAACUUGACAGCCGAAUACCAGUUCGAAGAAAAAAUAUGGACUAAUAAAGUUUUUGAAGUAAGCGGUUUGAUAAAUGGAGUGAACUUUACCCGAUGGGCAAAUAAUAGCGUCAAACUGUACGCGCAAAGCGUUCAAAAAGUGAACGACGAAUGGUCGAUUACAGACAACCUUACCUUCCUUGGCAACUUGAAUCAAAGCGAACUCUUGAUAAAUGGAAGAAAUUUUAGUCAGUUGGUCAACGAUAUCAAAGAACGAAAAAAUUACGAGUAUCAUACGAACAAGGGCAUUUUGAAAGAUUACAAUAACCUAUGCGCAGAUGUAUCAUAUCUCUACGAAAAAGCGAAAAAUCAAAUUUACAAAUUCAAAUAUUUCGAUGAGAUGCAAAGGUUAACCUUUUACGAUCGCAUACAGUACGUCAAGUUUUUCGAUCAUCGCGACAAUCGUUACCUCUUGGUUAAUGGAAAUAACUGUAUCUCUGAUCUAUUGAAAUUCGAUGCAAAAUACUUCAAGAUAGUUAAAAAAUUGCAUACCGGCUCUGUCGAGCAGGCAGAAGUAGUUCAAAGCGACGAGCAAUUGUUUUUAGUGACGAAUAUCGGUCAAUCAAAUACUCAGUGUAAACUGGAAAACACAACCGCCAUAUGGAAGUUGCAGGACGAAAGUCUUGAGUUUGUAGAAACCAUAGAAAAGCAGGAAUUACUACAAGAAUCUUUUUUACCCUUAACGUUUUAUGGACUGAAGGACGGUUUAAUUGGUGAAUAUAGGAUACAUCCAAAUUCACUAAUAGCCGUGAGACCUCGUCGAAGAUGGGAAGUCAAUACCGACAAUAUCGCGUUUAUGCCGAGAGGAUUGGGAAAAGUAAUCAGUCUCCGAACAGGAAAGAGCCUGAUUUACCUAGACGACAGUAACAUUGAGGAAAUUGAGUACGCCGACCCCAACCUUGAGAUCGUUUCGGUAGGAAACUAUUCGGAAAAAAGAAACUUAUUUGUUCCUGGAAGGAACGGCGGAGACAUCGUUGUUCUCAGAGUUGGAAUUAAAGGAUCAAAAAAGGACCUUCUGGCAGUUGCAUCUCACAGGGAAACCAAAGUUGGGCAUCGGUUAGAUCUAAUAGAGAUUUAUGAUGACCCGUUUGCAGAAGAGUUAUUCGAUAAAAUCUCCUGUUACAAACCAUCUGCUUUGACCGCCGUAGAUUUUGGCAAUGGAGAAACGCUGCUAGUGUUCAUGGAGGAUAAUAAAGUAUUGCAGAUUUACGAGUAUAAGGGAAUUGAAGGAUUCAAGCAUAAAGCAGCAAUCAAAAUGGCAGGGCACUCGCUAUUUUUAAUGACCCUGCCCAUAGAGCCAUACCUGAAUCCAAGAAAAGUGUUAGGCCUGGUUCACAAAAAGGAGGUGAUUUUGCUAAAUGCGAUCAUGCUGGGAAACAGAAUAAAUGGAAAUCUAAAAUGUUAAUUUUAACGUAUUGUAAUUGUUGUUGUUUUUAAUAUCAAAUUAUAUUUUACAAAAAUAUCUAUUAUGUAAAUAAAACAUUGUU